AUGAAGAUGCAGGAGGUCUCCAAUGUUGCCACUCUCUUUGUGGUGAUGAUGUUUGUGGGGACGGCGGUUCCAAUGUCGUUGCCUAUGCCGCCAUCGAUGCCGCCAUCUACACCGCCGCUGGUAUGCAACCCACUGUCGAUGGGUGACUGCGGAGGAGCGUUCAUGUUUGGAGGGCCGCCGUCCCGGGAAUGCUGCAUCGAGUUGAAUGCCCAGAAGCGAUGCUUUUGCCAGUACCUCAAAGACCCCAACCUUAAACCGUAUAUUGAAAAUCCGAAUGCUAAGAGGAUUGCUGCCGCAUGUGGGGUCCCCAUCCAAAAGUGUUGA